AUGUUGACUGAAACUCUGAAAAAAUCGCCUACCGAUUCGACCAAUCAACGCAUAAAAAGACCUAUGAACGCGUUUAUGGUGAGUUCCCUGAUAAAAAAUUUCAUGUUGGAAAGAAAGAAAUAUUUUAGGUGUGGUCACAAAUGCGGCGUCAGGAAAUUUCAUCAACCGGAGGCAAAUUUCAUAAUUCCGACAUUUCGAAAAUGCUUGGCGCUGAAUGGCGGCAAAUGGCCGAAGAAGAAAAGUUACCAUAUGUUCAGAAGGUUAGAAAUUCCUGAAUUAUAUUGGAAAUUGAAUUAAAAUUAUCUAAUUUAGGCUCGUGAUUUACGCGAGGAGCAUUUUAAGGAACAUCCAGAUUACGUUUACCGGCCAAGAAGAAGAAAGCGAAUUCAAAAAAUUGUGACUGAAAACCGUCUGCCAAGUGAAGAACAACAAAUUGAAUCAGUAAACCGUUUCUUCCCACAUUUUCUGAUGAGUCAGUUGAUCUAUCAAAAUCUUAUUUCACAAAUGCAAAAUCAGAAUGCUCAAAAUGUGCCACCCCAAGAAUCACACUCACCCACAGAUACUCUAAAGCAUUGA